CGCCGGCAAAAGUGAGCGUGAGGCGACCUUUCUUUCUGCUCCACAUUCUCGUCGGCGUCGACUCCACGCACCUCGCUGCCACAAGAAGCCGCAGCACUUGCCUCUCUCCAGCAUGCGUUUCUUCGCCGCGCUCGGCGCGCUUGCCGCCGCGGCUGUCUGCGCGUCCGCGCAGGCCGUGCGCCAGCCGUGGCUCCCGGUCGCCCUCUUCGGCUACCCGAGCGCAGACUUCAACUACCUCUACCAGGCCAUCGCCGCUCACCCCGAGAUCAACUUUGAGAUCAUCGUGAACCCUUCGGGCGGUCCGGGCAACGUGAACAAGACGGAACUGCCAGACAUCAAUUGGCAAAACACCAUCUUGAAGCUCAAGUCCUACCCGAACACCGUUCUUGUUGGCUACUCGCGCACGAAGUGGACGUACGGCAACCGCAACGCCACGCAGAACCAGAUCGAGAUCGCCCAAUACAAUCGGUGGGGUAUCUUGAGACCUGAUCUGGCUCUCGACGGCGUCUUCCUCGACGACUGCCCCUGGCAGGAGGAACUGCUCCCGGCUUGGCAGGACUUCGGAGACCGGAUCCACGCGGGCACGGGCUGGCGCAAGGAGGGCCCCUGGUUCAACUCGCCGAGCUACAGGAAUGGUCUAAGCUACUGGAAUCCCGGAAGCCCCACGUCGCCGGGUUUUUACGGACCAGCGGACAGAAUCAUGACGCAGGAAGUCUCGUACGACUAUGCGCCGCUCGAAUGGGUCUUCCGCGCCCCGAACGCGCCGAGAGAGAAGCAGGCGGUCCUCAACUACUACCAGGGCAGCUACGACGCGAACCUCGCCAGACGGGUGGCGAACAACAUGGUUGGCACGAACUUGGGCUCGUACAGCUUACACGCCAUUGGCAAAGAUUACAUGUACAACGUCAUCGGCUCGGCCUUCCCUUCCGCCGUCGACCUCGUCGCCAAGUCCUUCCAGUACUACAACGAUCCCAACAACCUGUACAGUGGUUGCGGACAGUACCGCUUCUAGAUCUGGCGAGGGGUGGAGGUCAUGCGAGGAGAGGGCGAGGGUACGCGACGCUGCUGCCGGAAUGUGAUG